GUCACGCACGCAUUAGCCCCGCCCCCGUGCUAGCCCAUGGGCAUGCUGGGAAUGUAAUGUGCACAGCCGCAGCUUUCCGGUGGGACCGCGUAUUUGCUUCUUAAGCCUCGGCAGGGUGAGAGGGGGAGGGGAAGGGAGGUUGCGCAGGCGCAGCCCCGGCUUCCAGCUAGGCGGGGGAGACCCUCUUCGCUCGGGACCUUUCGUGGCCUCGGAAACCCCGCGUGGACCAGAUCCAGAUGCUGAGACCAGUUUUGAAGCAAAUGAGACAUCUACAAAUUUGAAUCUUUUCUGUGGAAGGAUCAAUCCAGUAAAAAUUCAUAAGGCAGUCCCUGUGACUUGAAGAGAAAUCUGUGACUUUUUGUAUCAAAGUAGAAAAAAAUCCAAAGUGACUGAAUUUGACAACUGGAAAGAGAUUCAGAAAUAAUUCAGUCCUAAAUAAGUGUAAGAAAAUGACCUCAGGAAAUGACUCUUCUCAAGAUAAUGGAUAUACUAAAUGCUUUCCUGAACAGGUAGAGCUUCUUCAGUCCAAAGGCAAAUCUGAAAUGCACAAGUAUCAAAGUAAUCUAGGGGAAAUGGCCGUCAACUGGAGUCCAGAUGUCAUUAGACAUCAAAAAAGUAAUCCUGGAGAAAUGCUUUCUGUAGGUAAAAAAGGUGGGAGGGCCUUUUCUCAGAAUGCUAAGCAUACCAGACAGCAUACCAGACGUCAGAGAUUUCACACUGGAGAGAAACACUAUCAGUGUAAUCAGUGUGGAAAGGCUUUCAGAAAUCGCUCCAAUCUUGGGAAACAUCAGAGAAUCCACACUGGAAAGAAACCUUUUGAGUGUCAUCAAUGUGGAAAGAGUUUUACACAGAGCUACAAUCUUGCUGUACAUCAGAGAAUCCACACUGGAGAGAAACCUUAUCAAUGCAAUCAGUGUGGAAAGGCUUUUACACAUUUGGCCACUCUUGCUGCACAUCAGAGAAUCCAUACUGGGGAGAAACCUUAUGAAUGCCAUCAAUGUGGAAAGGCUUUCACAGAGAGCUCUGCUUUUGCUGCCCAUCAGAGAAUCCACACUGGGGAGAAACCUUAUGAGUGUAAACAGUGUGGAAAAGCUUUUACCCAGAGAAACAAUCUUGCUGCCCAUCAGAGAAUCCACACUGGAGAGAAACCUUAUGAGUGUAAACAAUGUGGAAAGGCUUUCACCCAGAGAAACAAUCUUGCCGCACAUCAGAGAAUCCACACUGGGGAGAAACCUUAUCAGUGUAACCAAUGUGGAAAGGUUUUCAGGCAGAGCUCCAAGCUUCCUGCACAUCAGAGAACCCACACUGGAGAGAAACCUUAUCCAUGUAACCAGUGUGGAAAGGCUUUUACACAGAGGGGCCAUCUUGCUGCACAUCAAAGAAUCCACACUGGGGAGAAACCUUAUGAAUGUAAACAGUGUGGAAAGGCUUUCACUGACAGUACCAAACUUUCUACACAUCAGAGAAUCCACACUGGAGAGAAACCAUAUCAGUGCAAUCUGUGUGGAAAGGCUUUCACUCAGAGAUCCACUCUUAAUAAACAUCAUAAAAGUCAUGCUAGAGAGAAACCUUUUGUAUGUAAUCAGUGUGGAAAGGCUUUCAUAAAGAGCUCCAGUCUUAGGAAACAUAAAAGAAUCCACAUUGGAGAGGAGGGCAUGCAACAAGGAAGUCUCUCUACCUUGGGGAUCUUUCUCCCUGAAGGGUACCAAAGUUUGGCGCAAGGAGGGACCCUGGAGCGAAAAGGAAUGGUCCCUGGGACCCAGAGACCUCCAUCCCAGGAGUGGGUGACGUUCAAGGAUGUGACUGUGGACUUCACCCAAGAGGAGUGGUGCCUCUUGGACCAUUCUCAGAAAGAGCUGUUCAAGGAGGUCAUGCUGGAGAAUGCUCAGAACUUGUUCUCUGUGGAUGCAGAGACCAGGUUUGAGGUGAAGGAGAUCUCUACAAAGCUGCAGAACCUUUUCGUGGAAGAAUCUGGCCAGCAAAGAUUCGUGAAUGGCAGUCCCUGUGACUUAAAUUUGAGAGAAAUCUGUGACUCUAAUAUCAAGGUAGAUAAAAAUCCAAAAAGUGAAUGUGAACUUGAUGAAACUGGAAAGAGAUUCAGACAGUUUUCAGUCCUCAAUCAGUGUAAGAAAAUGACCUCAGGGAAUGACUCUCAUCAGUAUAGUGAAUAUAGCAAAUGCUUUACUGAACAGGUAGAGCUUCUUCAGUCCCGUGGGAAACCUGAAAUGCAUAUGUAUCAUGGUAAUCUAGGGGAAAUUGCCUUCAAUUGGAGUUCAAACAUCAUUAGUCAUCAAAAAAGUUAUCCUGGAGAAAUGGUUUAUGUAGGUAAUAACAGUGGGAAAGUUUUCCCUCAGAACUCCAAGCUAGCUAGACAUCAGAGAAUUCUCUCUGCAGAUAAGCCUUAUGAAUGCAACCAGUGUGGAAAGGCUUUUACAGAGAGCUCCAAUCUUGUUGUACAUCAAAGAAUCCACACUGGAGAGAAACCUUUUAAAUGUAAUCAAUGUGGAAAGGCUUUUACACAGAGGGGAAAUCUUGCUUCACAUCAGAGAAUCCACACUGGAGAGAAACCUUAUCAAUGCAAUCAGUGUGGAAAGGCUUUCACACAUAUGGCCACUCUUGCUGCCCAUCAGAGAACCCACACUGGAGAGAAACCGUAUCAGUGCAAUCAGUGUGAAAAGGCUUUUACUGACAGCUCUGCUUUUGCUGCCCAUCAGAGAAUUCACACGGGAGAGAAACCAUAUAAAUGUAAUCAUUGUGGAAAGGCUUUCACACAGCGAAACAAUCUUGCCGUACAUCAGAGAAUCCACACUGGGGAGAAACCUUAUGUGUGUAAACAAUGUGGAAAGGCUUUUACCCAGAGAAACAAUCUUGCUGCACAUCAGAGAAUCCACACAGGAGAGAAACCUUAUCAAUGUAAUCAAUGUGGAAAGGUCUUCAGGCAAAGCUCCAAGCUUCCUGCACAUCAGAGAACUCACACUGGAGAGAAACCUUUUCAGUGUAACCAAUGUGGAAAGGCUUUUACACAGAGGGGCCAUCUUGCUGCACAUGAGAGAAUCCACACUGGGGAAAAACCUUAUGAAUGUAAACAAUGUGGAAAGGCUUUCACUGACAGUUCCAAACUUUCUACACAUCAAAGAAUCCAUACUGGAGAGAAACCUUAUGAAUGUAAUGAAUGUGGAAAGACUUUCACACAUAGCUCCACACUUACUAAACAUCAAAAAAUCCACACUGGUGAGAAACCUUUUGAAUGCAAUGAAUGUGGAAAGGCUUUUAUACAGAGGGGCAAUCUUGCUAAACAUAAAAGAAUCCACACUGGAGAGAAAUCUUAAGGUAAACUAUGUGGAAAACAAAGAGCUCCAAUCUUGCUGAACAUCAGAAUCCACACGGCAAGGAAUCCUUGUGAAUGUAAAUAAUUUGGAGAGUUUCAUAUAUCUGAGAAUGCACAUUGAAGAGAAAUCUAAAGAAUGUAAAUAUUGUAAAAAGGCUUUCAAAGAGAUCUCCAAUUUUACUAGAUUUCAGAGAAUCUGUACUGGAAAGAAACUGCACAAGUGUCAUGAAUGGGGCUGAGCUUUUUAAUUGCUACUCAUCGCUUAUGUAACGGAACAGAAUCCACACUAGAGAUUAACCUUAGGAAUAUAUAUAUAUAUAUUUAUAACCAAUGGAGUAAAAGCUUUAGGCAACAAUUGUCUCUUAUUUCCAACCUGAGAAAUCUUUUUCCUGACAUGAAUAAGGAAAGACAUUCAAAUGGAGUUCAGAGCUUGUGGAGUAUGAGAAAAUAUCUUCUGAGGACCAGUUCCAUAUGAAUUCCGGAAAGGAAGGCUUUCAGCCAGAGAUCAUCUCUUUCUUUGAGGAUUCCUAGUGGAGAUGAACUUUACGAAUACACUUAAGAGGAGAAUAUCUUUCUUGGAAGGAAGAUGAUAAGUAGACAAUAAUAGGAAUGAAAGAAUCUAUAAGCAGUCUUUGUGGGAAUGGCUUCUCCUCACCUCACAUGUUUGACUGUACAUUGGAGAAAUCAUGCUAGAGGCCAAACUUAAUAUAUUUAAUUACCAAGGGAAGACCUGUUGCUGAAGCACAGACUUCAUUAGAUCUCCACACAGAGGAAACCUCAUCCCAAAUUUCUUACUGUACAUAAAAUCCUACAAAGGAAAGGAAUUUUUCUCCAAAAUUCUAAUGUUGUGUCAUUCCUUUUCAAUAUUUCAUUGCAUUCGUAUAAUUUCUUCAACCAUUCCCCAAUUAAUUGGUACUUUGUCUCCUCUUUGUUGACAAAAAAAAAAGGCAAAAAAGCCUCCUAUUAAUAUUUUGGUAACUAUUGAACAAUGAUUUCUGUGAGCAAUUAUGUGGCCCAAUGGAUGAUGUGCUGUGCUGGGUACCACAAGAUCUGAAUUCCAGUUGGGUCUCUGGCCCUUAUUAGCUGUAUGACCCUGAGAAAUUAAAGAAACUUAUUCCUGCCUUAAUUUUCCCCGAGUGUAGAAUAGGCAUAAUAAGAGUACCUACUUCCCAGGGUUGGUGUGAGAAGUAAAUGAGAUGACAUUUGUAAAAUUUUCCCCAAGCAUUAUAUCACUAUGGAAAUUGUAAUUUAUUUUAUGGUGUUCAUUUCUUGGAUCAUACAUAUCAUAUUCGAGUCAUUAGAACAUAUGAACUAGAACAUAUGAACAGUUUAGUCACUUUCCUUUGGAUUCCAGUUGAUAUUUAGAACAGUAUAGAUGAAGACGUGGUGUGUAAAAGUUAGAGCUCUUGGUUUAGAAUCAGGAAAAUGGGUUUACAUUCUGAUUCAGAUGCUUCCUAACUCUAGAACUCUAGAUAAAGAACAACCUCCCUGUGCCUGUUUAUUCAUGUCUAAAAUGAGGAGAUUGGCCUCACGAUCCCUGACAACUCUAAAUAUGUGUUCUCAGCAAAAGUACUUUCAUAUAUCUUUUUCUCACAAUGUCUUCAGUAUUUCAAGAAGGAGGCCACGCAGGACCAAAUCUAAAACUACAUUAGAAAUCAAUAUUCAUCCAAACUAUAUUUUGUCCUACUUAGACAUAAAGAUCCUGAGAAAUUGGUGGAAUAUACAAAAGAAAAUGAGUAUAGUGACCUUGAGUUCAAUCAAUCCAAAUACCUAUACUAAUAGCUAGUACUUACUAAUGAUACAAAAUGGUGGAAACAGUGGAAAGUAGCCUGACAGAAAAUAAAUGUUGACCAGCAUCUCACCAUAUAGCUGAAGAUUAUAUCCUAAUGAAUAUGUGACUUAGAAAUAAAAGAUCACCUUAAAUUAAUCAUAGAAGCCAAGAAAAAGACAGAUUUGGAUAAUAGAUGAGUUCAUCUCCAUAGAGAGAAUAGAAUGACAAAAUAAAAUGAGUAAUUUUCAUCAUAUAUAUAAAGCACAAUACAACUUAAAUUUAAAGAGAAAGCAACUUACUAAAGAAAAGAUUUACUUCCAGCUUCCCUCAUAAAGGUUUUAUAUUCAAAUUAUAUAAAUAAUGGAUAUUGACUACAUAUAGGUAUAUAAGGAAUGGAUACAAAUUAGACAGUCAAAAGCUAUAAACAGUUUUCUAAUGAAGGAAUGAAAAUUAUCAAACAAUAAACGGAAAAAGUACUUUACAUCUGUAAUCAUUCAUCUGAGUCACUAAUAAUUAGAAAGAUUUUAAGAUUAUUAAAGGGGGUAAUAAAAUGAGCAUCACAAACAUUUUGAGAAUUUUUUUCCCUGCAAUUUUGUAUUUGUUAUAAGAGUCUUUUUAACCUAGUAAAGGAUACAUCAGUAGGUGAGAAAAUAAAUGUAAUUUGAAAAAAAAAUCCAGGAAUAAAGAAAAAUGCUCCAGAUCAACUAUUAAUUAGAUCAUUUCAAGUUAAAUCAACACUCAAGCUCUAUCUCGUGUUCCUAGGUCAUUGACAGGGAUAGUAAGAAUAAUAAAGAUGUGCUGGAAGGGCUCUGGAAAAUGAAUAUGUUAUUUAAUUUGCUGUUAGUGAAGCUGUUAUGUCCUACCAUCCCCAAAUGAAAAAACUGGCAAUACUCUGACUCAGUAAUAUUAUUAGAAGGCAUAUUUCCUUAAAGAAAGGAAAGGAAAGGACCCAAGUGUACAAACAUUGAUAACAGUUUCUUGUGUCAUGUGAAAGACCUAGAAAAUAAGAUGUGAUCAUGCAAUAGGGCAAUAGCUGAACAAAUUUUGGCAUUUAUAUAUUAUGGAACAAUAAUAUUCCCUAAAAUGGGCAAUUUCAUUAGAACCCAGGAAGAGGUAUAGGAACUAAUGGUAGACUUCAGGUAGAAAUUGAUUUAAAAAAAAAGAAUCUGGUGAAAGCUAACAACUUGAAAAGAUGUCACACCUCUUACUGAAUUGAUCGGCCAUUAUUCCAGAGACUUACCAGGAAUGGCCAAAAAUGUCUUUUGAUUGAGAUACUAGAUAUAGAGUAAAAAGUUCAUUUUGGCAAACAGGAUUUGUCUUCCUUGACUAUAUGUUUUCAUUACAAAUAUUGUUUGUUGAUUUUUUUCCAGUUUUGAGUAGAAGAUAGCUAUGGGAGGGUUUAGAAAUAGGAUCUACCUGCUCUUCUUCCACACCCUUAAGUAACAAAGAACUGUGGCAGUUAAAAAAAUUUGGAGAGAUUGCCUAAAGAGGUGGGAUAAAUUUGUUAAUUAGGCUAACCAAAAUCAAUAAAUUAAUGGUCAGUCAUUCUCUCUGUGACCAAAGACCCCCCAGUUUCCCACAUGCUGAUCCUUAAAUAAAUUUGGGUGCUGAAAGAGCCAUUAAGACACUUUGGGCCAACUGAGGAAAAGCAGCAAAAGACAGGCCUGAACUUCUGCUCUGAAAUCCUUUAGCAAGGCCAGGUUUUGAGAGAAUUAUGACUCCUCAUUAGGAGCCAAGGUUUGCUCCAAGAUAAGUUGGCACUCCUCUAGUGGGCCCCCGCUGACUGGCCAGACUCCUUGGACAAGCAGUAGCUGCGAGGCCCAGCACUAUUUUAGGCAAGAGACCUUCAUAGACACAUGUAUGCAAAAACCCUUUGGAUUGUGUGUAGGACCGAAUUUGCACCUGCGUGGUUCCCCUCUCCUCACUCCAUGGGCUCAUUCUGAUGUACCACUUGUCCUGAUUGGCAUUCUUUGGUGCGAUGCUUCUUUCGUAAAAUCACGUCUAUAUUGGUUGGACCUGUAUGCUCAAUAAAAUGGAAGCCUGUUGCUUGAGGGUCUGGUUAUCCCCUCGAGCCCAAACUACUCAGUCAUUGGGACUCCUGCGCUCUCUACUGUCUGUCUUUGCUUCUCUGUCUCUUCCGCGUGUGUCUGUCCUCUGGUUUCUCUGAGCUGGUUCUCAGAGAAGCCAGCAAUUUUCUCCCUUUGGGCUGACUGCUCAGUAGCAACCCACAACAGGGAGCUCAUUUAGACCCUCCCUUGACCAUCCUAAGACAUCUAUAAUUGGUGAAUAGCCAAUGAGGAGGCUAUCCAUCAAAAUUCUCAAUGUUCCCCAAUCCUUGGAUGAUAGUGGUCAGUCACAUAGUCGCUUCUUUGUCCCCCAGCUAUUGAAGGGGAAAUUGAAUUCUGUCCUUCUGUAAUGUUUCCUAAUGAGAGAUUCCAGGACUUUGUUCUUCUAAUAGCAGCAAUUCCUAGUCUAAAUUACUUGUAUUUAUUUACUGAGCAAGAUGAAUCCAUAAUCUCCCCUUUCUACUAGGCUUUAGGGUGUGACAUUCUUUGAAGUUCCUAGGAAUGAAAAACUGAGAACACAGGGUCAAGGAACUAAUUUGAGCCUCUUUUUAAAGUUUAUUAUCUGACAAAAUAGAACCAUGUAACUAAGUUCAUCUACCUGCUCAAAAAUCCCUACUCCACCAAAACCACCAACAGGAAGGAAAAAGCACUAGAUACGGAAGUCCACCCAAUUUUAUCUCCUAUCUACAUCAGCACGUAACAACAGGAAGUGAGUGGACUCCUGGAAAUCAUAGUUUUUCUGGGAGUUGUAGUUUUUAGGGUAACAUUCCAAUUCCACAAUCCCCCCUUGAGAUCCUUUGGAAGGCUAGUCUCCCCAAUGGAUCUUGUAAACAUAACCAACUUAUAAAUUACAAUAAUUUGUGGAUAAAAGGAAAAACAAAGAACAAAGAACAAAACCAAUGAUUGCUACAUUGACAAAUAAUAUUGACAACAGAAGAGCAGGAAUGAGAACAGCUUUAAAAGUGCCACAUUGAAUUUUUGGUACUCAAAAAGAAAGUCAAGCUCUGCAUAUUAGAGUUUGUUUCAUGUACAGUCCUCAUUUUCUAUUUUAUGGUGGAUAUAAAAUGUUUGUUUUAUUUCAAGUUUGUGAAUUUCAAAAUUAAAAACAUCUUAACUAUU